CCCAAGCUCCUCUGAGGUAGUGCAGGGCAGGGAAGAGCUGGGUGAGUGGUGUGCUCAAGUUGUCCUCCCUCCUCUCCUACUGCCAGCACAUGGCCCAUCCCUGGAGUGGUGGUAGGCAGAAAAUUUCAGGCUGGUUAUUGUAAUGAGAUUUACUCUGUCCUGCUGUCUCGUUUGCCCUGUAUCACAGGCACCCAGGAUGUACUGUAUCUUGAAAACUUGCUUGGCAAGGAGUGACAGCAGUUGCACUGGGGCAGGUCUCAGCAGAAGGGAGCCCCAUAAACAACUAGCUGAUGACCUUUGAUUUGACUACCAAUGUGUAGCAAGCAAAUAUUUAAACCCAUGCCAUUCAGAAGGGAAGCAGAGCUUUAGCAUGGGGAACUCAGGCAAGGGGUGCUGCUAUGAUAGUCCUGAGCUGUGCCUAGGAAGGGGCAAACAGCCUCUUCCCCUCUUCCACUCCAGCAGAGCAGCUUGCCCUGCCCAUCAUGCUCACACCAGGGAAGGGGCAGGUGCUCAGACCCCAACAAGUCAGGUGCUGCUGUACCAAGGAAGGCAGGAGUUUUAAAACUGUUUCAAGCCCAAAGACAAAAUACCUGUGGCCAUUCCUCCUGCCCACAUUGCCUGUGACCCCAUACAAGCAGAGGCUGUGUGACAGGGAGGCCAUCUCUGGAUCUGGCUGCCUGCUGUGGCCAGAGGCCCAGUGGGCUGGACCCAACUGCUGGUCUUCUGCCAUGGCUGGUACCCACAUACUGAUGAGUCUUCAAGAAAUCUAUUGGUGUGAGGUGCAGCAACAGACCAAGAGGGUAUUUAUUCCUCAGAGCGGUGCCGAAUUAGCUCUUUUGGUCAGUUUAUGAAUAGGUACUUGCACUUAACAGUAUUCUUUCUGUUGGAUUUUUAUAGUUUUGUCUUUUCUUUUUUAAACAUGAAAAUAAUCACUCUUAAAAUAAAAUAAUUUUUGAAAAAAAUACCCUGGGAAGUGGUCUAUAAAAGGAGAAAAUCCUUGCCAAGGGAAUGCCUCAGCAGUGAGCCCAAGCCACAGAAAGCCCGGUUGAAGGCUUCACUUUGCCACAGCUUCUCAGAGGUUAACCAGGGUCUGUAAGCAAACAGCUUAAAGAAGAAGCCCGGCUUAGUGCCUGGGUCUCGGGCUGUCCCAGAGCCUAGCAGCCUAAUGCCCUUCCAGCAGCCCCUCCCUCCCAAAGGCGAUGCUGGGCAAACAGAGCCAGCCCUCGCCCUCUCCUCCCGCAGCGAGGACGGACAGCACCCGCGCUGGGGCUCGGGGGCAUCGCAGGAGAGGGUGUUCCACUUGAGACGGGCGCACAGUCAUGUGUAUAUAAAGCCUGGGGCAGCAGCCCGGGAGGAUUGUUUAGCACAACCACACCUCGGCUCACUUGGCAGCACGGCGAGGCGCUGCCGGCACUCGAACCCCGAAGUACCCGAGCGUGGGAGCGAUCUGCCCAUGGGCCCCCGCCUGCUGCUGAUUCUGAUGCUGCUUCAGGCAGUUUGGGAAGGUGCUCUGGGAAAGUCCCAUUCACUGCACACUCGAGGAAUCAUUGAACUGGCUGGAGCCAUAACGUGUGGCACGGGACGGUCUCCCUUGGCAUAUAUUGGCUAUGGGUGCUACUGUGGACUGGGAGGACGAGGUUGGCCUAAAGAUAAAACAGACUGGUGCUGCCACAGGCACGACUGCUGCUACGACACGGCAGAGAAGGAAGGCUGCAACCCCAAGGUGCAGCGCUACCAGUGGGCGUGCGAGCAGAACACCGUGCGGUGCGAUAACCUGACAGACCGAUGUGAAAAAAUGGUGUGCCUCUGUGACCAAGAAGCAGCCAAGUGCUGGGGAGCAGCCCCAUAUAAUCCACACUUCAUCCUCUGGCCAGACUUCUUAUGUGGACAGACUCAUCCCACCUGCCAUGUCAGAUAUGGGGGGCCAGAAUAGUCUUAUUAGGACCUUUCUCCUAACAAUUUGAACCUGAAUGUAGUGGAAUAAAAUUUUUCCUCAUUUUCCAGAUCU